AUGAACACUUCGGAUAGAUUUAUUAUAACGCACAGUAUCAACUUCUGCUCGUGUUAUUCUCCACAGAAUCUGUUGAAUCAAUACACAAAUGUCACUCCAAUUGCAAUCUCACAUCCAUUUGCUCGUUAUGUAUUGUAUAAUCCGUAUGAUAAUACACUAAUUGUACUUGGAGAUAAUCUAAUUGGUCAAUAUUACGUAUCGAAUUUAACUCGAUUUCGAACUUUAUCAGUAACUAUUACACCUUUAGCUGCUGUAGUUGAUUCGAACAGUAUUUAUGUAGCAUUUGGUGACAACAUGAGCGUGAGCAAAUAUGAUAUGAAGCUAACGUUCAAUCGUUCAGUAUCUAUACCAACAACAUCAUCCUCUAGUUUCUGCUAUGGCCUGGCUCUAUGGAAAAAUGGCUUAUUUGUUACUGAUGAUCAGAAGAACUUGAUUUGGUUCAUUGAUUCAACUACAAUGAACAUAUCAUUGUACCUAAAAUUGACAAAUUACAGCAUCGAGCCAUUUAGCAUUGUUGUUUAUAAUAAUGUUCUUUAUAUUUCGCAGUUGUCAUCUGCAGUAAUCUAUGUUUAUGAUCUAGUUUCUAAAUCAAUGCGCAGUUUAACAUUUCCUAAUUCAACUGCACUGUAUCGUUUAGGUAUGGAUCCAUACUGUAACCGAAUUUGGUUUGGUACGCAAUCCACAACAUUUAGCUCAGUGCCAGUGAUUGAUCUUGCAUCGCAUGAACCAGCUGUUUAUUACGCAAGAGGUGCUUUAACGACUGGGCCAACUUACAAAAUUGAAUUUGAUUCGAAUUAUGCAAUGUAUACUGUGGCAGUGCAUGGAAACUAUUUUUACAAAUACCCGAUGUCCGCAAUAUUCUGUGAUAAGAACUAA